GGUAAUUACUUAAGAUUCACCCAAAAAAUUUGAUAUAAAAACUUAAAGACAACUCAGUUUCAACAUCAGUUCAAUAGCAGCUUUAAAGUAAUCAAGAAAGUUAUAUUUCACAAUGAAAGGUCUAGUUAUCUUUGCUUUUUGCAUUGCCGUGGUUGUAUCCCUUCCAUUGGAUCUCAUUGAAGAUGAGAGUGGACAGGAGUAUCUUGUAGUUCCAGUACAUAGAGAAAGGAGAGACUUAACCUGGGGCGCCAACCAAAAUGGAUACACUCUUGGUCAAAAAGGAAAUCUCUGGGAAAAUGGUGCCCACAAAUUUGACGGUGCUUACACUGGUUCGAAAGCUUGGGAUUCCCAUGGACUGAAACCAGAUUCUUUUGGAGGUCGUUUAGAAUACACUAAUAAGCCAACAAAAACUACUGCUUUUGUAGGCGCAGACAGAACGCCUGGGUAUGGUACUGAUCUCAAUGCUGGAGUUAAAUACAACUUUGUUCAAGAUAAAAAACUUAACAUAGAUUUAACAGGACAAGUAAGUCAGCACCAAGGCGGACCAUUUGGAAAUUCAAAACCUGAAGCAGGAGUAUAUUUAAAUUUUAAUGCUAGACCUUAAUUCACAAUAAAAAUAAAAAAGACUGUACUAAAUAUUAUAAAUAAAUUAUUAUUUUUUUAAA